ACUAGACCUGAUAUUACUAAAUUAUAUCAGUUAAUUUUAGAAUAUUUAAUUAAUCCAAGCCCUAAAUAUCUCAGGGCUGUGGAUUAUUUAAUCUUUUAUUUAGAAGAAAUAAAGAACUUGGCUAUUAAAUUUAGCCCUAGCUCUAUUUUAUUUUAUAUGGCCAGUGAUACUAGUUUUGCUGAUAAUUAA